GGAUAAAUGGAUAUGAUGUUACUAGCGCUUGGACAAGAUUUUUGAAAGAGCCCUCCGUAAAAAGUACGAAUUCGAUGGGGUGUAUUAAGUAGUGCCUCUAGCCUGUCAACUAAGGUGCGUAGGCGACAUACUACGGCAUACAGACAGCUCUAGCAUAGCUCCCCGAGAUGCUUGCCCAUGUGGGUGCAUUGCCGAUAACAAGGAGACUCGGUGUGGGCGGGGUUCAGUUGAGCUUUGGUUGAAGCAGCGGUGCUGUGUCGUCACUCAGUCUCUCUCCCGCCUCCAGAGUCUCAACAGCGUCUCCUGCAAACGCCUGACUCAACACGUAUUGUCUCUCGACACCUUUCGACAGCACCGUUCGAUCCAUGAAACUCGUCCCUUUGCCUCGUACGUCACCAUCAAACCACGUCGCCAAUUGACCCCUCUCCGACCGCCGUGUGUGCUUUGCAUCGGUUGUGCGUAAUGGUACCAGCCGCGGUGGGGUUCCCAAGAAAGCGGCGGUUUUCAGCGGGGUUGGAUAAUGCACCAAAAUGCACCAGAAAUGCACCAACGGCACCCCAACCCCAGCCAAGCCUUGUCCCAAUCCCAAUCCAUGUGAUCAUUCAAGCUGCCUCUCACGUCAAUCCCGGUUCUGGUCUACCAUCCUACCAUCCCACUUCCACAGAACGAACCCCUCAUCCAAUUCCUCCCUCUCUCUGCUUGUCGCCGUGUCUUCCAUUCCUUGACAAAGAAGUCCUUGCCGCCAAUUCGACCUCGACGACCUGUAUUGCAGCAAGAGAGAGGACCAGCCAGGACCCUCACAGCCGAAAGAGACGAGGCUCCGCGCGCCGCGAUACCGACACCAUCAUGGCCAGCCUCCCCUCCCAACACCCCUCUCUCUCCCUCCACCUGUCCGACGUCACCCUCACUCCGCUCAUCACCUCGGCCGCCUCCCAAUCCCAUCUCGAGUCCCUCACCUCGCUCACCUCCAGCGCCCUCGCCUCCCAGACGGCCGCGCUGCGCCUAGGCCUGGGCCGCCCAACCCGCCUCAUGGUCGAGUACCCGGACCGCGGGCCCGUCGUCCUCCACUCCUACCUCGACCCGCGCGACGCCCCCGACGCCCCCGGCUCCGGUGCCGGUAGCGCCGCCCACUUGAGCUCCGCAGUCACCACUCCCGGGGCCGCCCCCUCCGAGCCCCCGAACCCCAAAGACGACCCGCGAUCUGAGGACGCCGCGCCCAUGCUCAUAGGCGUAGUCGUCGCAGGGUCUGCUGAUGAGGCUAGAGAGGCUCGCCGCGCAGCUGCGAGACUAGAGCACGUCGGUAGGGAGUUUCAAAGGGAAUGGGUCACCGAGAGCCAAGGACAUGAAGACGGAUCUGAAUGAGAUCAUGAGCGGUACGCUUGUGGACGUGGUCAACGUGCGCUAUGACAUUACGAUUAUGAUGUGAUGCGAUAAGACCAAGGGAUACAACUAGGCGGGCAUUGGCCCCGGGAGGAGCCCCCCAUCAUGUCCUCACAGAGUACACAAACUUGGCUUCUUCUACAAGGAGAGCGAGGCGUCACGGUGUCUGGAUCUAAUAUAGCUACUGGGUUGGUUGAGUAGGAUCGGGACCGGCAACCGGAUGGAGGGAUACGGAGUUUAGGACCUGGGGAUAUAGGAUGGCACUCUGUUUUAAGCGUCACGGAGCGCACUCAAGUAUCCGCAAGAGUAUUCAUAGCAAGUAGGGACU